AUGCCGCUCAUCAUGGGAAUGCCGCACUCACUCUGUCUUUCCCUCCGUUCCGCACUGAGUGGGCAGGAGGACGCGGUUCUACUGCGCCACGCGCUGCAGUGCGGCACGAAGCAGUGGGGAGAGCUGGGAAGGAGCGGUCAGCUCAAGAGGAGCAACAAGUCGUGCUGUAACCGUUACAUCUUCCUCCGAAGGAAGUUCACAGACCACUUUCGCCAAAACUUCCUGCGAAAGCACCUGGAGGCUGCAUUCCCCCAGCAUAUUCCAUUGGACGGACACAGCCAGCCAUUGCUCUGUCAGGAUUUCAAGCAGCAGCAUUUGGAGGGUGUGGGUUCAGCUGCUCUCGUGUUCGGGGGCCUGUCGUAUGACGAGUGCAUGAUGGCGUUCCUCGCCCCCAAUGCUCGCUGCUCCCUCCCGACAGCCUCACCUAACCUCUCAUCUCUCACCAGCCCUCCUCCUGCUUCCCACGCUCCUUAUCCUGCUUCCCAUUCCGCCACUUUCUCUGCUGCUGCUGCUGCGUCUACCACCACCGAGUUUCCAAUCUCCCAUGAUACCUUCCCCGUUGCUGCUGCCUCUAACGCCACUGCUCUGCGCCGUGCUGUGAAGCGAGCAAGGGACGACUGCCCUGGGCUGGGCGCACACCACCCGCUGCUGGGUGGAGGUGAGAGCUUGUUGCUGGGAGGCCGUGAGACUGGGUUGGUGCGAAGCUGGUUGGUGCAAGGGGGGGUGGUGCGAGAGCGGGUGGUGCCAGGGGGGGUAGUGCGAGGCGGGGUGCUGUGUAGCUCGCUGCUCUGUCCGGCUCCGCUCCCUGCACUGGGGAUACCGCAGAGCAGCAGGUGGAGUGGCCGCGGUUCAGCCAGUGGAGUGGCCGCGUGUUGGGUCAGAGAGCGCCCUUCCAGACGACGUGUUGCUGGGAUUGUGCUGCGAGAGCCCUGCCUCCGCGCAACGUGCGGCUCUGUCCGCCCCUCCGCCCACCCAGCCACCUCCAGCGCUGCCAGCCCCAAUGCCGCACCAACUCGUUGCUCUCCCUGGCCCCCUUCCGGGCAGCACGAGCAGGGAUACGUGCAUGCAUGCGUUAACGUGCUCGGUGGCAUUGACAACACAGACAACAACGGCACGGGCAGCAACGGCACGGGCAGCAACGGCACGGGCAGCAACGGCACGGGCAGCAACGGCACGGGCAGCAACGGCACGGGCAGCAACGGCACGGGCAGCAACGGCACGGGCAGCAACGGCACGGGCAGCAACGGCACGGGCAGCAACGGCACGGGCAGCAACGGCACGGGCAGCAACGGCACGGGCAGCAACGGCACGGGCAGCAACGGCACGGGCAGCAACGGCACGGGCAGCAACGGCACGGGCAGCAACGGCACGGGCAGCAACGGCACGGGCAGCAACGGCACGGGCAGCAACGGCACGGGCAGCAACGGCACGGGCAGCAACGGCACGGGCAGCAACGGCACGGGCAGCAACGGCACGGGCAGCAACGGCACGGGCAGCAACGGCACGGGCAGCAACGGCACGGGCAGCAACGGCACGGGCAACGGCACGGGCAGCAACGGCACGGGCAGCAACGGCACGGGCAGCAACGGCACGGGCAGCAACGGCACGGGCAGCAACGGCAAGGACAGCAACGGCACGGGCAGCAACGGCACGGGCAGCAACGGCACGGGCAGCAACGGCACGGGCAGCAACGGCACGGGCAGCAACGGCACGGGCAGCAACGGCACAGGCAGCAACGGCACGGGCAGCAACGGCAAGGACAAGCACAGUGACAAGGACAGCGAUGCUCUCUAUCUUGACACGCCUGUGGCUCACGUGCUGCUGGGUGGAAACCUUCUCACCGUGCCUCUUGCGAGUGGACCUGAGGUUGAGGGGCCUGCUGCCCCACGUGCUGCAGCCCCUGGUGCUGCUGGGGCAACCCUGCCAGAAUGGGAAGUGGAGCAGGGAGGGACCGGGGAAGGAGGUGCUGAGCGGCACAGGCAGCAGCAGUAUCCCACCCAGGAGGGCAUGCUUGCGCAAUGGAAGCCUUGUCAGGCAGUGCCUUGUCAACGUCCAAGGGCUCCUGCCGCCACCAGUGCACUGAACGUGCCCUCAAACCCAAUAGGGUCGCACAUGCAAGCUCCCAUACAGCCACGCCCGGCCAUGCUGCAGCAGCCCCUCCCCACUGGUGGUGCUCCACCGUCUCUCUGCAGCCCCUUACUCCCUCCGUUGCCUGACAUGACCGUUACAUGA